AUGAACGGUCCGGCCAAUAGGGAGAUCAUCACUCUACAACUAGGCCGCUGUGGCAACAAUAUGGCACAUGAGUUCUGGCGGGAUCUUUGCGAAGAGCAUCUCAUCGAGUAUCGAGACGGCUCAGGUACGUAUACUGGGGAGGUCGAUGGGAUCAGGAGAGACCAUAUCUCGGUGUUCUUCAAUGAGGGCUCCAAGGGCCGAUACGUCCCUCGGACUGUACUGGUAGACUUGAACUUGUCCGACCUCCAACAAGUGAUCGGCAGCUCCGAUGGUUUGGGCUCCCUCUAUCGUCCUGAGGGGAUCAUAGCUAAUGAUGAGGGAUCUGGUAACUGCUACGCCCGAGCAUUCCAUACAGAGGGACCUGACUUAGCUGAGCAUGUUCUUGAGACGGUUCGCAAGGAGGCGGAGAGCUGCGACUGUCUUCAAGGUGUGCAGUUUGUCCAGUCUCUAUGUGGUGGAACGGGAGCUGGUCUAGGAGGCCUCUGUAUGAAGACCAUCUCGGACUUCCUCGACAGUGGAGUCGGCGUUAAAUGCAUCAUGCAAAGCUUCGCCACCGUCCCUUCUCCUGAUGUCGGCGAUAGAGUAUUGGAGUACUACAAUGCGGCUCUCGGUGUGCAGGAUCUGAUGGACUACUGUCAUCAGGCAUUCCUCUUCGACAACAUGGCUUUAUCGGCUAUUUGCCAGAAGACCCUCAAUAUGGAGGUCCCGAGGUUCUCUAAUAUGAACAACAUAGUCGCCCUUGCGAUGAGCGGCAUAACGAGUUCCCUCCGAUUCCCUGGUACUCUUGACGCAGACCUCCGUAAGAUGCAUACCAAUCUCGUGCCCUUCAAGAACGCCCAUUUCCUCAUGACUGGCUUCGCGCCGCUGACGGCAUUUUCUUGCACCGAAUACAGGAAGGUGUCGAUACUCGAUUUGAUGCAGCAGAUGAUGAGCAAGGACAAUGCGACUCUGUCCUGUGAUCCCCUCAACCCUGGGGAUCCUCGUAACGGCAUACCCCGCUCGCGUUUCCUGGCCUCUUUUGCCGCCUUCCGUGGGGAGUGCCCCUCAGGAGAGGUCGACGAGAUCUGUCAUGCUCUCCAAAGAGAUGGAUCACGGUACACCGCGAUAUGGGAUAUAUUCUUCCCGGAUUGGAUCCCCAACUCUAUAUCGGCCUCUAUCUGUACUGUGGGGCACUGUGAGGCUGGGGACUCCGCUACGAUGGUAUCCAAUAACACAUCUAUGUAUGAGGUUAUGGAUCGGUUGGGAGCCUGCUGGGAUAGCAUGUAUAAGGCCAAGUCUCAUUUGUAUGUGUAUCAGCAAGACGGGUUGUCGACAGACGACAUGUUAGAGUCGAGGAAUGUCUUGCAGUACAUAUCAGACCAGUACUGCGAGUUCGCGAAUUACGAAGACAAGUUUUUUGGGGAGCGCGGAAGUCACAGUAUCAACCAACAAGCGAUCAAAUCCGAUGAACAUCAGCAGAUCAUGGAAGAGUUGGUCUCCCUCACUGAGACCUACAUCCGCACUGAGACACGUGCAUGA